AUGAUAUCACACAUCUCCGGACUGCUCCCUACCAUCCGCAGUCCAACGAUCAAAGCGGAACGAUUCGUUGACUCCCUCAUGCGCGGUCUCAAGAAGCUGAGCAAGGCAGAAGGCUCACCCACAUUGGAGCACCUGCAGACAUUCCUUUCGGUGUAUCGCUCUGCUGCAAAUCGAAACACACCGCAAUCGACGUCUCCUGCAGAAGCGUUCCUCGGAAGACCAGUACGCACCACUUUGGACCUCUUGAAGAAGCCUGCUCCUGAAGCCCCAGGUGCCAAGAACCUCAAGCAGAAUGAGCAGUUCAAUCGCCGGCAUGGAGCAAACAAGCGCGACUUUGAAGAAGAUGACCUGGUGUGCGUUGAACAACAUUUCCGGAAUACCAAGUCAUGGAUGCCAGGUCGAGUCAUCGAACGGAAAGGUUCUGUUCAUUGCAUUGUGUCACUGGAAAACAACGGAACACCGAAGCUGGUUAGAGCGCAUGUCAAUCAAAUGCGCUCUCGCUACGAUACCGUCGUUCCAGAACCAACGACGCAGCACUGUGGGAAGUCUUGCCCGAUGAAGUACACAUUCCAAUCGCUGCAACGGUACCGGCUGAUGUAG